ACGCACGUCCAUUAGCGUGUGUGGUGCGCGGUCCCCUGUGAAGACGUCGGGCACGUCCGUUAGCGUGUGUGGUGCGCGGUCGCCUGUGAAGACGUCACGCACGUCCGUUAGCGUGUGUGGUGCGCGGUCCCCUGUGAAGACGUCGGGCACGUCCGUUAGCGUGUGUGGUGCGCGGUCGCCUGUGAAGACGUCGGGCACGUCCGUUAGCGUGUGUGGUGCGCGGUCGCCUGUGAAGACGUCGGGCACGUCCGUUAGCGUGUGUGGUGCGCGGUCGCCUGUGAAGACGUCACGCACGUCCGUUAGCGUGUGUGGUGCGCGGUCGCCUGUGAAGACGUCACGCACGUCCGUUAGCGUGUGUGGUGCGCGGUCCCCUGUGAAGACGUCACGCACGUCCGUUAGCGUGUGUGGUGCGCGGUCCCCUGUGAAGAUGUCACGCACGUCCCUUAGUGUGUGUGGUGCGCGGUCGCCUGUGAAGACGUCACGCACGUCCCUUAGUGUGUGUGGUGCGCGGUCCCCUGUGAAGACGUUGGGCACGUCCGUUAGCGUGUGUGGUGCGCGGUCGCCUGUGAAGACGUCGGGCACGUCCGUUAGCGUGUGUGGUGCGCGGUCGCCUGUGAAGACGUCGGGCACGUCCGUUAGCGUGUGUGGUGCGCGGUCGCCUGUGAAGACGUCACGCACGUCCGUUAGUGUGUGUGGUGCGCGGUCGCCUGUGAAGACGUCGGGCACGUCCGUUAGCGUGUGUGGUGCGCGGUCACACCUUCCCACACAGUGCAGGUACCUCCGGGAAGCUGUACCGUUUACACAUCCCUCAAGUUCUCUGUGCUUCAGUUUGCCUUCCUCCUGAAGAGCCACACCCAAAAGGGGCCCCACUCCAGGCUGCUGGGGCUUCAGGAAGCGAUGAGAUGCUGACGCACGCCCCAUGCACCACCACCGCUGCCUAUGUGACUCCCCACCCCCAGCCGGGUGCUCCGAGCCAUGGCCGACACCAUCUUCGGCAGUGGGAAUGAUCAGUGGGUUUGCCCCAAUGACCGGCAGCUUGCCCUUCGAGCCAAGCUGCAGACGGGCUGGUCUGUGCACACCUACCAGACGGAGAAGCAGAGGAGGAGCCAGCACCUCAGCCCCGCGGAGGUGGAGAUCAUCCUGCAGGUCAUCCAGAGGGCCGAGCGGCUCGACAUCCUGGAGCAGCAGAGAAUCGGGCGGCUGGUGGAGCGGCUGGAGACCAUGAGGCGGAAUGUGAUGGGGAACGGCCUGUCCCAGUGUCUGCUCUGCGGGGAGGUGCUGGGCUUCCUGGGCAGCUCGUCGGUGUUCUGCAAAGACUGCAGGAAGAAAGUCUGCACCAAGUGUGGGAUCGAGGCUUCCCCUGGCCAGAAGCGGCCCCUGUGGCUGUGUAAGAUCUGCAGUGAGCAAAGAGAGGUCUGGAAGAGGUCGGGGGCCUGGUUCUACAAAGGGCUCCCCAAGUAUAUCUUGCCCCUGAAGACCCCUGGCCGAGCUGAUGACCCCCACUUCCGACCUUUGCCCACGGAACCGGCAGAGCGAGAGCCCAGAAGCUCCGAGACCAGCCGCAUCUACACGUGGGCCCGAGGAAGAGUGGUUUCCAGCGACAGUGACAGUGACUCGGAUCUUAGCUCCUCCAGCCUAGAGGACGGACUCCCACCCACUGGGGUCAGGGACCGGAAAGGUGACAAACCCUGGAGGGGGUCAGGUGGCAGCGUGGAGGCCCCCAGGAUGGGGUUCACCCACCCGCUGGGCCACCUCUCCGGGAGCCAGAGCAGCCUGGCCGGUGAGACGGGGACGGGCUCCGCCGACCCGCGGGGGGGACCCUGCCCUGUGCUGACCCGAAGGGCCCCGGUAAAAGACGCACCUGGACGAGCCCCCGCUGCUGACGCAGCUCCAGCAGGCCCCUCCAGCUGCCUGGGCUGAGGUGUCUGCUGCCUGGAACAGACUUCCCUGUGGAGGAUUCCUGCCAGACCCUGCCCGGCUCCUCCCUGACCGGCCCUUGUGCCCUCGUGAGACACCCUGUUGGCCAUGACUCGACAAACCAGUGUUGGGAGCUGUCUGCCUCCCCCACUCAGUGCCUUUCUGCACCCCUUCUCUCCUGGGGAGCUGUCUGCAUCCGCCAUCCCCUCCACCCACUGCCCUCAGCCCCUGACCUUAUUUAUUGCCCUCCUCCCACACCCCCAAUCUACCUGCUGAUGAUUUUAAGUUUGCGUGUGUCUUGGGUUGGGCUGGGGGGGUUUCCCACAUGCAGUGUCAGAGGGGCUGCCCGGCGGGGCUUUCUCCGUGGCUGUAUUAAUGGUAAGACUAAAUGAAACCUAGGGUACGGCCUCCAAAGCUGCGUGUGGCCCCUUAGAGGCGAGCAUCGGAGCCAGAGCAGUGAGGGUGAGAUUCACCCACCCUCUCCCUCUCCCUUCAGCUCUGGGAGGCGGGAGCAGUGCCCCCCUCCCGUGGGCUGGCCCAGGACCGCGGGUGAAACCUGGCUCUGUUUGGUUUCUUUGGUUUUUGUAUGUUUGUUUGUUUCGGAGACAGAGUCGCGCUCUGUUGCCCAGGCUGGGGUGCAGUGGCGCAAUCGCGGCUCACUGCAACCUCCGCCUCCUGGGCUCAAGCGAUUCUCUCAUCUCAGCCUCCUGAGUAGGUGGGAUUACAGGUGCCUGCCACCACACCAAGUUAAUUUUUGUAUUUUUAGAGGAGAUGGGGUUUCUCUAUGUUGGCCAGGCUGGUCUUGAACUCCUGGUCUCAAGUGAUCCGCCUGCCUCGGCCUCCCAAAGUGCUGGGAUGACAGGUGUGAGCCCCCACACCCAGCCCUAUUAGGUUUCUUUGAAUCCCCUCAUGGCCUUCCUGGUUUUUGCUCAGCCUGUCUUCAGCUUGAGGAGUUGGGAAGCUCUGGUGGAUGCUAUGAACUCACUCGCUGAAGAGCAGCCUUCAGGUGCAUCCCCGGCCAGGGCACGUGGCUCCCUCAGCCAUGAAUUCACUUCUCUUCCGGAGGCUUGGCUUGGCAUGAAAACACUUCAUUCAGAGUAUGGGCAAAUGCUUCUGGAAAACCCUUCCGUGAAGAGAGAGAACGUGUGUGUGUGUGUGUGUGUGUGUGUGUGUGUGUGUGUGUGUGUGUGUGUGUGUGUGUGUGUGUGUGUGUGUGUGUGUGUGUGUGUGUGUGUGUGUGUGUGUGUGUGUGUGUGUGUGUGUGUGUGUGUGUGUGUGUGUGUGUGUGUGUCGGUGUUCAUACCCUCCUAUUCUUCCUGCCUCCUGCCCCAACCCUCGGGUCCCUGGGUCUGGAAGGGCCUCCUCUCCAAGCUGGGAGCUCCUGGGCCCCCACCAUUCACUUUUUGUCCUUGCUGCUGGCAAACAGUAAAGAAACUCACUUUCCCUGUGGCACGUUAUGCUUCAGAAUUAAAACAAUGAAGAUUAAAA